CUAGCAGCAGAGCCUUUCGGCUGUCUGGUGAUGUACUAUAUGUAGAAUCAGAUACGACGGAAUAGGUCGGUGUCCUUCAGAAAUUUGUAAAUAUUUUUGAUGUUUUCUUCAGUGGCUUCUUUUAGAAGUAGAAGAGGGUCUGUAUUCCUGAAGUGGUGAUGCCUUUGAGAAGCAAGUUCUGGGCAGGAUACCAGUAGGUGAUGUACACUGACUGUUGCUUGGCAGAAGGGGCAGGUGUUGGGUGUAUUGCCCUGUAAUAGGUGUACGCUGGUGAUUAUGGUGUGCCCAAUACGGAGUCGUGUGUAUGGGGUAAUGUGGUUGGUGGGUACCGAUGUUGGAUAUGUAGGUUUGGAACGUUUAGGGUUGAUGUUGGAAUAAUGAUGUUUGUAAUACGACCAUUCACGAAGUAACUUGGUUUGCCUCUGUUCAUGAAUGAGUCGGUGUAUGUCGCUAGGUAGAAUGAUUUGUGAUGUGACUGUUGGUGUAAUGGACAUGUCUUUGGCAAUUGUAUCUGCCAGUGAGUUACCCUGGAUGCCGGAGUGCCCAGGUAUAUAUAUAUAUAUGAGCACAAUUGGAAAAAAAUUAAAAAUCACAUAUAAGGCAAAUGUUUGAAGAAACUUUUAAUACACACAUUUUAUUUAAUUUAACGUAUUUUUAUAAAUUGGUUAAGGCCCUCGCCUCAUUUGAAAUGGUGUUUUUUGGGUGUUUCCUUAAAAGCGUGUAAAACGGAAACGAAAAAAUAUUUUUUAUUUUUGUAUGGACGUGUGUACAUAUACUUAUAUUUUGGUUCGUGUAUGUACCUGGAAACUAGUUUUGCAGUUUUACUUCCACAAACCAAAUUAAAUUUUUGUGUAUAAAUAUCAAUCCAUGCUUUUAUUUUUCGUGAAAACUAAUUUUGAAGUUUUGCUGUAGAGGUUGCGUCACUUCAAUGGCUAUUUCUCCGUAAAUAUUGAGAAUUUCGAAUAUGAAUAUUUAAUCAGCAUAAAUAAGCAAAAACAAAAAAUCGAAAUCGAAACUUUUUUUCAAACGAGGCGAGACCUUAAAAAAAAUAAAAAAACAAACAAAUUCUGUGAAAAAUCUACCUAAUUAACGGUACGCAUGAACUCUGUAGUAACACUCAGUGAAUUUCGAAUUUAAGACGGAACCACUCGAAAUCGGGGAAGCUUUUUUCGUACUACGAUGGAUUUAGUGAUAGCACUGCAUACGACGUAUGGACCUUCUGGAAGGAACUCGCUAAGCACUACGCAUAUGUAAUCGAAGAAAACUGAGCAGCCUUACGUUUGACCGAAUUCGUCGAGUUGGCUUCGAAAUCAACGCAAUAUGUAUAUCUACGUUGUUUCACCAGUUAUGAUCCUAUUGAGCAAUCAUCAUUGACGUCAUUCAGCAGCUCAUGCAACGGGGUUUUUUUUUUCUUUUUUAGUAAAUUCGGAACAAACUUCGUCAAGCACUGCAAAGCCCGUCUAACCCUGAUAUCUUUCAACAACAAAGUUCAAAUGAGAAAUGGUUGACAAAGUCCACAUAUAUACGGAGAAACUUUAUACGCAAGCCACCCAGGAAAUACUUGAUCGUUACGGUAAAACUUACACAUGGGAUGUAAAAGUAAGUGUUAUGGGGCUGCAGACUCAGCAAGUGGCUGAAAAAAUUGUUGCGGCUUAUGAUUUGCCAAUAAGUUGGGAAGAAUACGCACAAAGUCAACGGGAAAUGACGGAAGUUUUAAUGGAUAAAGCUAAAUUAAUGCCAGGUGCAGAGCGCCUUCUAAGGCAUUUAGCUACUUACAAGAUUCCUAUAGCAUUAGCCACAAGUUCCGGCGAACCGAUGGUAGAGAUAAAAAUCACAAACCAUCGUGAAUUAUUCCAACUUUUUCAUCAUCGUGUCUGUGGAUCCACCGACGCCGAAGUGAAGGAAGGCAAGCCGUCGCCUGACAUAUUUCUUGUGGCUGCUUCUCGGUUCCCUGACAAACCGGAUCCAUCGAAUUGUCUAGUCUUUGAAGAUGCUCCAAACGGCGUGCAAGCAGCGUUGCGGGCAGGAAUGCAAGUAGUAAUGGUACCGGAUAAGGUCAUCCCGGAAAAAUUGCGCCAAGGAGCAACACAAGUGCUAGAAUCAUUAGAAGCAUUUAAACCAGAAGAUUUUGGUUUACCACCUUUCCCAACAACAUGCUAGGUUCAAGUUUAAAAAGUACACAAAUGUAUCCUGAUAUCUAAUAAUCACUACAUAUUA